AUGGCGAACUCAAAAGACGAACCAGUUAUUUUAGCACAUGAGUGUUAUGUCAAAAAGGAUUACGCAGGAGCUUUACAACAUCUCAAUGAAUUGGAAAACCUUGUUGGAAGUGGCAAUAAACGAGUACAGCAUAAUAAAGCAGUAGUAGAAUUUAUGGCCAGUGAUAUGAAGAAUAUAGACAACUUCAAAAAAGCCAUUGCACAACUAACAGGCCUUACUUUUCCAGACAUUGAAACAAAAGAUCUUAGCUCACCAUUCUUAUUAUACAACUAUGCUGUGCUGCUAUACCAUUCAAGGUAUUAUUACCAGUGUGCGGUUCUACUGGAAAGGUUACUCAACUGUAAAAAUGUAAAAGACAACAAAUUGUUCCAGCAAAUUCUAUUAUUAUUGUUAGAGUCUACCCUGUGCAGACGUACGUUUGAGAAAACAUUAGAAAUAGCCAAAACACAUGGCGAGCCUCUAAAGUCUAAUAAAGACGUUGGUGAUCUAUUUGAGAGACUUGUAAGUAGAGCUCAGUUGUUAUUGGGCCACAAAUUAAAGUUGAAUUUAAGAUCAGAUUCUAUAGAAAAUGUUUUCAUUAUAGCACAACAGCAAUAUUUAAAUGGUGAUGUAAACGAAUCGGCAAGCACAUUGGGACAGUACAAAACUUUAAAAUAUAAUUAUGAUUUAAAGACUCAAGGUGAAGACAUUUGGGCAGCCAUCAACAAUAAUCUCGGUGUCAUAUACUUGUCAAUAAAAAAGCCAUUUUUAGCGUCAAAGUAUUUUCAACAUGCUGUUAAGGAACACUUUAAGGCUAUGGAAUCUGAAGAUAGUGAAAGGUUAAUAGCUUGCAGGGACCGACCGCUGUAUGUUUUUAAUUUAGGCCUUGCACUACUGGCAGCUAACAACUCGGAAGGUGCUUUUGAAUGUUUAGUAGAAGCAGCCAGACAUUAUCCCAACAAUCCUCGAAUAUGGCUGCAUUUAGCAGAAUGCUGUGUAAAGAAAUGUUGUAGUGAUGAAGCUCAACAGUACACUGUAAAAAAACUAGGCAGUGGUUCACAUACUCGCAUUUUAUUGUCUAAGGAAGGUAAGGAUAAGUAUUCAACAUCAGGGGAGUCAUUCGCUAUCCCAUCUUUAUCAUUGGAAUUUGCAGCAUUGUGUUUGAAAAAUGCUAUAACGUUACUUCCGAAUCAAGAGGCACCUGCAGAUGUAACCGUUCCAUUAAUACAAGCACCUCCCGGUCCACCAAUUAACUGGAAACAGAGGUGCGAACUGAAAAAUUCAACAUUUGUAUUACAAAGUUAUGUAUUACUGCAUUUACAAGAUCCUUUAUCUGCUUUAAUGAGUGCAAAUGAACUACUGAAUCAGCCAGACGCAUCUAGUAGUCACAAGGCUUGGUCGCAUAUUUAUGCGGCCGAAGCGUUGAUAAACCUAGACCGAAUAGCUGAUGCAGUGGAACAUUUACACCCGCCGAUGAUACAUGAACUAGUAUCGGUGUUACCAAACCAAAUGAAGGAUAUGAUAGCAGUAAGUGUAUGGGCAAAAGCGGCCGUCUGUCACAUAUUGAGAGGUGAUUUAGUAACGGCAAGAAAAAUACUGCUUCAAAUAAAUUCACCAAGAGUACUCCCACUACAGAUGUAUUUAGAAAUAUGCACAGGUAAUAUUGAAAACUGCCACACUCUACUUAGAAAACUAAGAUUUACUAACUUAACACAGUAA